AUGGCUCGCUUCGGAGACGACCUGCCCAGCCGGUAUGGAGGCGGCGGCGGCGGCGCGGGGGGCCCGGCGGGGCCCGGCGGGGCCCGCGGCAGCAGCAGCCGGCAGGGACCCCCCGGCCAGCCCGGGCAGCGCCCGCAGAUGUACAAGCAGUCCAAGGCCCAGCGGGCCCGGACGAUGGCCCUCUACAACCCCAUCCCCGUCAAGCAGAACUGCUUCACCGUCAACCGCUCGCUCUUCGUCUUCAGCGAGGACAAUGUGAUCCGCAAAUACGCCAAGCGCAUCACCGAGUGGCCUCCAUUUGAAUAUAUGAUUUUGGCUACAAUUAUAGCUAACUGUAUCGUUCUGGCUUUGGAACAACAUCUUCCCGAUGGAGAUAAAACACCUAUGUCCGAAAGGCUGGAUGAUACCGAACCCUAUUUUAUUGGGAUAUUUUGCUUUGAGGCCAGCAUCAAAAUAAUUGCACUGGGGUUUGUCUUUCACAAAGACUCAUAUCUCCGAAAUGGCUGGAAUGUGAUGGAUUUUGUUGUCGUCCUUACAGGGAUUCUGGCCACAGCUGGGACCCAAUUUGACCUGCGGACCCUGAGGGCGGUUCGAGUAUUGAGGCCGCUGAAGCUUGUCUCAGGAAUCCCGAGUCUGCAGGUUGUCCUCAAGUCCAUCAUGAAGGCAAUGGUGCCUCUCCUUCAGAUUGGGCUCCUCUUGUUCUUUGCCAUUGUGAUGUUCGCCAUCAUCGGACUGGAAUUCUACAUGGGCAAGUUCCACAAGGCCUGCUUCUCCAACGAAACAGAGGAGAGGCUGGGAGAUUUCCCAUGCGGGGAAGAGAGACCUGCCAGGCAGUGUGAAGAAGGCAUCUGCAAAAAAUAUUGGGAGGGUCCCAAUUUUGGGAUUACCAACUUUGACAAUAUCCUGUUCGCUGUGCUCACCGUCUUCCAGUGCAUCACCAUGGAGGGAUGGACAGACAUCCUCUACAAUACUAAUGACGCCGCAGGGAAUAUGUGGAACUGGUUAUAUUUCAUUCCGCUUAUCAUCAUCGGUUCUUUCUUCAUGCUCAACCUGGUACUUGGUGUCUUGUCAGGAGAGUUUGCCAAAGAACGAGAGAGAGUCGAAAACCGACGGGCCUUCCUAAAACUCCGGAGGCAGCAACAAAUAGAACGGGAACUCAAUGGCUACUUGGAAUGGAUCUUUAAGGCAGAGGAGGUGAUGUUAGCAGAGGAAGACAAGAAUGCCGAAGAGAAGUCGCCCCUGGAUGUGCUGAAAAGAGCUACGAUCAAGAAGAGCAAAAACGACCUCAUCCACGCUGAAGAGGGCGAGGACCACUUCACAGAUGUUUGCUCGGUUGGUUCUCCAUUUGCCCGGGCCAGCCUCAAGAGCGGCAAGAACGAGAGUUCCUCCUACUUCCGCAGAAAAGAGAAGAUGUUCCGGUUCUUCAUCCGGCGCAUGGUGAAAGCCCAGAGCUUCUACUGGAUGGUCCUCUGCGUUGUGGCCCUCAACACCAUGUGUGUCGCCAUUGUGCAUUAUGACCAGCCAGAAGGGCUCACCACUGCGUUGUAUUUUGCCGAGUUCGUUUUCCUCGGCCUGUUCCUCACUGAGAUGUCCCUCAAGAUGUACGGCCUGGGGCCAAGGAACUAUUUCCACUCCUCAUUCAACUGCUUUGACUUUGGGGUGAUUGUGGGCAGCAUCUUUGAAGUCAUCUGGGCAGCAGUGAAACCUGGCACGUCCUUCGGCAUCAGUGUAUUGAGGGCUCUCCGGCUGCUGAGGAUUUUCAAAGUCACCAAGUACUGGAACUCUUUGAGGAACCUUGUGGUUUCCUUGCUGAAUUCAAUGAAGUCCAUCAUCAGUUUGCUCUUCCUCCUCUUCCUCUUCAUCGUUGUAUUUGCCUUGCUGGGGAUGCAGCUCUUUGGAGGACAGUUUCAUUUCAAUGACGAAACUCCAACCACCAACUUCGAUACCUUCCCCACUGCCAUUCUUACUGUGUUUCAGAUUCUAACUGGGGAGGACUGGAAUGUAGUCAUGUAUCAGGGGAUCGAAUCCCAAGGGGGCGUCCAUUCAGGAAUGUUCUCUUCGGUCUACUUCAUUGUCCUGACGCUCUUUGGUAACUACACACUCCUGAAUGUCUUCUUGGCCAUUGCUGUGGACAACCUUGCCAAUGCACAAGAGCUGACCAAGGAUGAAGAGGAAAUGGAAGAAGCAACCAAUCAAAAGCUUGCCCUGCAGAAGGCGAGGGAGGUAGCAGAUGUUAGUCCCCUGUCAGCCGCUAAUAUUUCCAUUGCCGCUUUUGUAAAGCAAACUCGAGGUACUGUAUCACGCAGCUCGUCGGUCUCCAGCGUAAAUUCACCCAAACAGCAGAACGCCUCCAAGUCUAAAUCCGUCUGGGAGCAAAGGACCAGCCAGAUACGGAUGCACAACUUCCGGACCAGCUGCGAAGCCCUGUACAAUGAACUGGACCCGGAGGAGAGGAUGCGCUACGCUAACAACUUCCACAUCCGUCCAGACAUGAAGACCCACCUGGAUCGGCCCCUGGUUGUCGAACCGAGGAGCGAUGGUCGCAACAACAACGUCAAUAAAUUGAGCCCCGUCGACGUGCAAGAAGCCCCAGAGCAAGCGAAGGCUCUUCCGGAGGAGAGUGCCGAGGGUGCGCGCAAGCACCACCGGCAUCGAGAGAAGGACAAGGCAGGGGAGCAGGAGAAGAGCCAUGUGCCCAAGGAGGAGAACGGAGAGUCUGGCCCAAACCACAAGGAAGAGCGUCCUCGGCCCCACAGGAGCCGCAGCAAGGAGGGCGAUGGUGGCGGAAAGGAGGGGAAGAGCGAGCGCAACCGAAGCCAGGAGGGCGGUAGACGCCACCACCGCCACGGAUCGGUGGAGGAGGGAGCCGAGAGGGAACAUCGGCGGCACCGCAGUCACCGCCACUCGGCUGAGCGGCAGGCCAAAGAAGGCAACGGGAAUGUGAACGGGGCCAAGACGGAGCGCCGUUCUCGGCACCGAGGAGGGUCCAGGCCUGGGAACCGGGAGGGCGAGCCAGGCUCCAAGGGAGAAGGGGGAGAAGAACCGCACAGACGGCACAAGAUACGGCACAAGGCCCUCUCCACAUACGAGUCACUGGAUAAAGAGAACGGGGAGAAGGAGGGCGACCUUGGCGAGAAGGAGCUGAGGAACCACCAGCCAAGGGAAGCGCCAUGUGAUUCAGAGGCUGGUGGCAGUGUGACCGUCGCCCCGCUGCACACCCUGCCCAGCACCUGCCUGCCAAGGGUGCCUGAGCAGCCGGAAGAUGCUGACAACCAGAAGAAUGUCACCCGCAUGGGCCAGCCAUCUCUGGAUAAAGCUGCUGUUGUGAACAUCCCAGUCACAGUCACAGCCCCUCUCGGAGAAGCUGCUGUCAUCCCAAUGAACAACACGGAAUUCGAAACGAAAGCAGAAGAGAAGAAAGAGAUGGAUGCCGAUGACGACCUGGCAAACCACGGACCCAAGCCAAUUCUGCCUUACAGCUCCAUGUUCAUUUUAAGUCCUACCAACCCAAUCCGGCGCUUGUGCCACUACAUUGUGAACCUGCGUUACUUUGAGAUGGUCAUCCUCAUUGUCAUCGCGCUCAGCAGCAUUGCCCUCGCGGCCGAAGAUCCCGUCCAAGCCGAAUCGCCAAGGAACGAGGCCCUCAAGUACCUGGAUUAUAUAUUUACAGGUGUCUUUACAUUUGAGAUGGUGAUAAAGAUGAUUGACCUGGGCUUGCUGCUUCAUCCGGGCUCCUAUUUCCGCGACCUCUGGAACAUCCUGGACUUUAUUGUGGUCAGUGGGGCACUUGUGGCGUUCGCUUUUUCGAGUUUCAUGGGAGGCAACAAAGGGAAAGAUAUCAACACGAUCAAGUCCUUGCGAGUGCUGAGGGUCCUUCGGCCUCUGAAGACCAUCAAGCGCCUGCCAAAGCUGAAGGCGGUCUUCGACUGCGUGGUGAACUCCCUGAAGAACGUCCUCAACAUCCUCAUCGUGUACAUGCUCUUCAUGUUCAUCUUUGCCGUCAUCGCCGUGCAGCUGUUCAAGGGGCGAUUCUUCUACUGCACGGAUGAGUCCAAGGACCUGGAGAAAGACUGCAGGGGCCAGUAUCUGGCUUAUGAGAAGGACGAAGUGGAAGCUCAGCCCAGGCAAUGGAAGAAGUAUGAAUUCCACUACGACAACGUCCUGUGGGCUUUGUUGACGCUGUUCACCGUCUCCACCGGAGAGGGCUGGCCAACGGUUCUGAAGCAUUCUGUCGAUGCAACCUAUGAGAAUCGGGGCCCAAGCCCAGGGUACCGGAUGGAAAUGUCGAUCUUCUACGUGGUCUAUUUUGUCGUUUUCCCCUUCUUCUUUGUGAACAUCUUUGUGGCUUUGAUUAUCAUCACCUUCCAAGAGCAGGGCGACAGAGUGAUGUCUGAAUGCAGUCUGGAGAAAAACGAGAGGGCCUGCAUCGAUUUUGCCAUCAGUGCAAAGCCGCUGACCCGCUACAUGCCUCAAAACAAGCAGUCGUUCCAGUACAAGAUGUGGAAGUUCGUGGUGUCUCCUCCGUUUGAGUAUUUCAUCAUGGUCAUGAUUGCCCUCAACACCAUUGUACUGAUGAUGAAGUUCUACGGUGCCCCAGGACCCUAUGAGGAUAUGUUGAAAUGCCUCAAUAUAGUGUUUACAUCUAUGUUUUCACUGGAAUGUGUAUUGAAGAUCAUUGCCUUUGGUGUGCUGAAUUACUUUCGAGAUGCCUGGAACAUCUUUGAUUUUGUCACUGUCUUGGGAAGUAUUACUGAUAUUUUAGUAACGGAGAUUGCGGACACGGACAAUUUCAUCAACCUCAGCUUCCUCCGCCUCUUCCGGGCUGCAAGACUCAUCAAGCUUCUUCGUCAGGGUUACACCAUCCGGAUCCUCCUGUGGACCUUUGUCCAGUCUUUCAAGGCCUUGCCCUAUGUAUGCCUACUAAUAGCCAUGCUGUUCUUCAUCUAUGCCAUUAUUGGCAUGCAGGUAUUCGGAAACAUUGCCCUGAAUGAUGACAACGCCAUCAAUCGACACAAUAACUUCCAAACAUUCUUGCAAGCAUUGAUGCUGCUUUUCCGGAGUGCCACAGGGGAAGCCUGGCACGAAAUCAUGCUCGCGUGCCUGAGCGACCAGCCAUGUGACGAGAGCUCCAAUCUCAGCAAAAACGAAUGUGGAAGCGACUUUGCAUAUUUUUAUUUCGUAUCCUUCAUCUUCCUCUGCUCCUUUCUGAUGUUGAACCUAUUUGUGGCUGUAAUCAUGGACAACUUUGAGUACUUGACACGAGACUCUUCAAUCCUAGGACCCCACCAUCUCGAUGAGUUCAUUCGCGUUUGGGCAGAAUAUGACCCAGCCGCCUGUGGGCGCAUCAGUUACACAGACAUGUAUGAGAUGCUGAGACACAUGUCGCCACCACUUGGACUGGGAAAGAAAUGCCCAGCCCGCGUUGCCUAUAAGCGUUUGGUAAGGAUGAACAUGCCCAUCUCCAAUGAUGACUUGAGUGUCCACUUCACCUCCACACUGAUGGCCUUGAUCCGGACUGCCCUGGAAAUCAAACUUGCAUCAGGGGUCCUGCAACACCAGUGCGAUGCUGAGCUGAGGAAGGAGAUCUCGUUAGUUUGGCCUAAUCUGUCCCCAAAGACCUUGGAUCUCCUGGUACCACCUCAUAAACCCGAAGCAAUGACCGUGGGGAAAGUCUAUGCAGCCCUCAUGAUAUUCGACUUCUACAAACAGAAUAAGAACACCCGGGACCCCGCCCAUCCAGCCUCAGGAGGUAUUUGCCCGACUGGGACAGUCUCCCUGUUCCACCCAUUGAAGGCCGCACUUGAACAAAGCACCCCGAUAUUCCCCAAUGCUUUCCUGCGUCAAAAGAGCUCAGCUUCUCUCAACAAUGGGGGCGCCCUACCCAUGCCUGAGGGAGGAGGCAUCCGGGAAUCUGUGUCAUGGGGUACGCAGCGGACGCAGGAUGUCUUCUACGAAACCAGGACACCAGCCUUUGAAAGGGGCCGUUCAGAAGAAAUUCCCACUGAGCAGGCGAGCAAACAGGUGGUGGAAAUGAGAGAAAUAAGCCCGACACUGGCCAAUGGUGAGCAUCAGGCCAGCCUGGAGAGCCAGGGCCGGGCUGCUUCUAUGCCACGCCUGGCAGCAGAAACUCAGCCCAUCCCGGACACCAGCCCCAUGAAGCGCUCCAUCUCCACCCUGAACCCUCAGCGUCCCCAUGCCACGCACCUCUACGAGCAUUCCCGGCCCGCUGAGCACACCCACCACCACCACCACCACCGCUGCCACCGACGGAAAGAGAAGAAGCAGAAGUCCGUCGACAAGCCCCCCAACCAGCUGGCUGACGGCGAUCCUGCCGGUGAAGCCACCUCCAAGGUCAGAAAGCAGGAGCGGGGUCGGUCACAGGAACGGAAGCUCCACUCCUCUUCUUCGUCUGAAAAGCAGCGUUUUUACUCCUGUGAUCGGUACGGGAGCCGAGACCGCUCUCAGCCCAAGUCAUCCGAGCGCAGUAGGCCAACCUCCCCCAGUGGAGGGCAGCAGCAUGGGGUACAGAAGCAGGGCAGUGGUUCAGUUAAUGGGAGCCCUAUGCCGUCCACCUCUGGUGCUAGCACCCCGUGCCGCGGCCGGAGGCAGCUGCCGCAGACGCCGCUGACCCCCCGCCCCAGCAUCACCUACAAGACCGCCAACUCCUCGCCCGUGCACUUCUCCGGCUACCUGACUGGCCUCCCCACCUUCUCCCCGGGACGCCUGAGCCGGGGUCUUUCUGAGCACAACGCCUUGCUGCAUGGCGACUCCCAGGGCCUCUCGCAGACCCUGGUGGCGCGGAUCGGGUCGGACCCGUACCUGGGCCACCGGGAAGACGGCAGCAGUCCGUACCACGCCGUCCCCGAGGACACGCUCACGUUCGAGGAGGCCGUGGCCACCAAUUCAGGAAGGUCCUCGCGAACGUCUUACGUCUCUUCCCUGACCUCCCAGUCUCACCAAAUCCGCAGAGUCCCCAAUGGCUUCCACUACAGCUUGGGCCUACGAACUGGCCCUGGGGCCGGGGCCGGGACUGGGACCGGGACCAGAGCACGUAGCUAUUACCACGAGCGGGACGAAGAUGACUGGUGCUAG